CAUCAUCCCAUCAUCGGUAUCAUCAUGAAGGUUGUUACCAUGACUAUGAUCAUGGUCAUUGCCGCCACCACGGUUGCUGCGCUGGCUUGGUUUUACACGGAUGGUACAUGUAGUAGUGGAGACGAAGACACCAAAUCCUACACACUCCAGCGGGAUUCUCCGUCUUCUGCCAUUUCCGACAAGGAUGUUGACACUGACUUAGCACUGCGGAGGAGGGAUCCUACCACCGUUCACGUUCCAACCGCAUUGCCAACCCAAGCACCAGCAAUAGCAUCAGCAGCCACAACAACAGCAACGACAACACAAAGAAGCAGAAGAAGAAGACGAAGAAUCAAUGAAAAUACGACCAAUCAACUUCCACCGUCCUCCAGUGCACCGUCCGCUUCGCCCACCGCAAUUUCUGUUACCACAACAACAACAGUCGAGCUCUUUGGGGAAACCUACCACAUUGCCAACACCACCGUCAUUGAUCGCGCUGAAAAGGGUCUAACAGGGACGCUCCCCUCCGAAAUUGGUCUAUUAACCGCCUUGACCAAAAUCCGCCUUUGGGGAAAUCACAUUAGCGGCAAUAUCCCUACCGAAAUUAUAGCAUUGACGGCAUUGGAAGAUCUCUAUCUGGGAGGCAAUGAUUUGGUGGGGGGUAUUCGAACCGAAUUGGGAUUGAUGACCAACUUGGAUUGGUUAUCCUUGUGGGGGAACAUCUUCUUUGGAGAGAUUCCGUCCGAACUGGGAUUGCUGACCCAAUUGACCAUGUUGGAUAUUUACAACAAUCAGCUAUCGGGGCAUGUCCCCGGCAAUCUCUGUGACAACACGGCAUUGGCCAUAAUACGAGUCGAUUGUCACCCGGAACAAUUCGCAGUACAAUGUGUGUGUCAGGAAUGUAGCUGUCACUGAAAAGUGAAUGGUGGUAAAUGGAAUGCUAAAUUUAUAGAUAAAUCACCUUGUGUGCUUCCAGGAGCCAUCUUCCAUAUGGUACCGCAGUCAAUGGAGGUGGUUGGUUG